CAGUUUCAUUGCAAGAGAAUUGCUUUGCUUUAGCCUCUCCCACCUUAUAAAUUCAGGACUACCCACUACCCUCAAUUUCAGCAUAGAGUAAGACAACAACUAGUUUGGCAUUAAUUUCUUUCCAAGAUAAACAAAAAAUCUCUGUUCUCAUAGAGAGAGAGAAGAGGAGAAAGAAUGGAAAUGGAAGGCAGGAGGCACAGCAACAAAGGAGAGAGCAAGAGUAGUGUAGUUGUUGUUAAUGAUCAAGAAUCUACAAUUGAUUGGAGAGGGAGACCCUCCAAUCCUCACAAGCAUGGUGGUAUGAGAGCUGCAACAUUUGUUCUUGGGCUUCAAGCAUUUGAGAUAAUGGCAAUAGCAGCUGUAGGGAACAAUCUGAUAACAUAUGUGAUGAAUGAGAUGCACUUCUCUUUGUCAAAGUCUGCAAAUAUAGUGACAAACUUUGUUGGAACUGUCUUUAUCUUAGCCCUCCUUGGUGGCUACCUCUCAGACUCUUAUCUUGGUUGUUUCUGGACCAUGCUCAUCUUUGGCUUUGUGGAACUUUCUGGUUUCAUAUUGCUAUCAGUGCAAGCCCAUCUUCCACAGUUAAAGCCACCUCAGUGCAACAUUAAUGAAGAACAGUACUGUGUUGAAGCAAAAGGCUUUAAGGCUUUGAUCUUUUUUGUAGCACUAUACUUAGUGGCACUUGGAAGUGGAUGUGUUAAACCCAAUAUGAUUGCUCAUGGGGCUGACCAAUUCAAUCAAAAUAACCAAAAGCAAUCCAAGAAUCUUUCCACCUACUUCAAUGCUGCCUAUUUUGCUUUCUCAAUUGGUGAACUUAUUGCCCUUACUGUUCUUGUGUGGGUCCAAACACAUUCUGGCAUGGAUGUUGGCUUUGGAGUCUCUGCAGCUGCCAUGGCCAUGGGGCUCAUCAGCUUGGUUUCUGGCACUUUAUAUUACAGGAAUAAGCCCCCUCAAGGAAGCAUCUUCACCCCCAUUGCUCAAGUUUUUGUGGCUGCCUUCUCAAAGAGAAAACAAAUCUGUCCAUCUAAUCCAGACAUGUUAUAUGGAAGCCAAAAUAAUAAUAUAGUUGGCAUAUCUUCUGACUCUGGCAGACUUGUUCACACUCAAAGAUUGAGGUUCUUGGAUAAGGCCUGCAUAAAAGUUCAAGAUGGGACAAAUACAAUGGAGAGUCCAUGGAGAUUAUGCACUGUAACACAAGUGGAGCAAGUGAAGAUACUAAUAUCAGUUAUUCCAAUUUUUGCUUGCACUAUUGUUUUCAAUACUAUUUUAGCACAGCUCCAAACAUUUUCAGUCCAACAAGGGAGUUCAAUGGAUACCCAUCUCACAGAAUCAUUCAAAAUCCCACCAGCUUCUCUUCAAGCCAUCCCUUACAUUAUCCUUAUAAUUGUAGUCCCUCUCUAUGACACCUUCUUUGUCCCAUUUGCAAGAAAAUUCACUGGUCAUGAAUCUGGAAUAACCCCUUUGCAAAGAAUAGGUGCUGGGCUCUUUUUUGCUACUUUUUCAAUGGUUGCUGCUGCAAUCAUGGAGAAGAAGAGAAGGGAUGCAGCAGUAGAAUCUGAACAAAUAUUAUCAAUCUUUUGGAUCACUCCACAGUUCUUGAUCUUUGGAUUAUCAGAAAUGCUCACAGCAGUUGGUCUUGUUGAGUUCUUUUACAAGCAAUCUUUAAAAGGGAUGCAAGCAUUUCUAACUGCAAUCACUUAUUGUUCAUACUCAUUUGGAUUCUAUUUGAGCUCCUUGUUGGUGUCUUUAGUGAACAAGAUCACUUCAUCAGGUUCUGAAAACAAAGGUUGGCUCAGUGAGAACAAUCUCAACAAAGACAGGCUUGAUCUUUUCUAUUGGUUACUUGCUGUCCUUAGCUUUAUCAACUUCAUCAAUUAUCUAGUUUGUGCUAGAUGGUAUUCUUAUAAUCCAUCUUUAUCAAGCACACAGCAUGAGACACAUGGGGAAGACUACAUCAACCACUAUAGCUUCAAUGCUUCAAAAAACAUUGGAGAUGAAAGUAUACCUUAAAGAGAGAGAGAGAGAAUUGAUAGGAAAAAUUUAAUGCUUGCUUGAAAUUAUCUAUAUAUAGACUUGUAUUAUAAGUAAAAGAAUUAUGAAAAAUUAUAAAAUAAUUUAUCUAUCCUUUCUCU